UUUGUACCCUCUUUCUUAAAACUCCUAUUCAAUAGAUAUCAUCCGUUAAAACCCAAACCAAAACAUUAUCAACUGCUGGCCAGAAGUCCCUCAAAUAUAUGAACUUCACUUCUCAAUCUACGCACUCCUAACUCUCCUUCUCUACAAGCUUCGUUUUGAAUGGCAAGCUACACCACCAAAUCUCAGCCCAAGAAACUCACUCUUUUCCUUAACACCUCCUUCAUUUUCCUCUUCAUUUUCUACGUCACAAUCUCAUAUUUUCUUGUGCAAUCUAACCAUGAAGCAGACACAAGCCGUUCCUUAACAGUUCAAGAAUUGAUAAAGAGCAACAGCUGCACUGAACUUCAUGAGCACACAGAUUCCAAAUCCAAGUGUAUGUUUCUCAAGUCUCAUAGUGGGUGCAGGCCCAAGGGAUACAUAAACUAUCUCCAAAUCUUUUAUUGCACUUGCGGUCAACUUCCUGUGCUUGGUCAUGCUAUUUUAUUACUAUGGCUUGCUGUUUUAUUCUAUCUGUUAGGUAAUACAGCUGCAGAAUAUUUCUGCUCCUCCUUAGAGAACUUGUCCAAAAUCUUGAAGCUUUCUCCAACAAUUGCUGGUGUCACCCUUCUUUCUCUUGGGAAUGGUGCUCCUGAUGUUUUUGCUAGUAUUGUUUCCUUCACUAAGUCUAGCAAUGCUGGUGUUGGCCUAAAUAGUGUUUUGGGUGGGGCAUUUUUUGUGUCCAGUGCUGUGGUUGGUGUUAUAAGUACACUAGUAAAUUCUCAAGAUAUUUCAGUUGAUAAAUCUAGCUUCAUUAGAGAUGUCUCCUUCUUUCUUUUGUCUGUUUUUUCUCUUCUUUUUAUCCUUGUUGUAGGAAAAAUCACCUUAUGGGCUGCCAUUUCUUUCCUAUCUAUUUACUUCUUCUAUGUUUGUGUGGUUUGCUGUAUGCACUUUCUCUUUAGAAAACAAGAGAAAGUGAACCCAUUAACCAAUUCUUCGUCUUCAAAAAAAUUCAUCAGUAAUAGCCAUGGGGAAGUUGUGGAGAUGGGGGUUCCAUUACUUGGUUAUGUUGACGAUGAAAAGCCCAUUUUGGUAGAAAAAACCAGCCUUCAAGGUGAGAAAGAAACAAUGUGCUUCGGUCUUGAUUCAUCUUUUUCUUGGAUUUUAUAUGUUGUGGAGCUUCCUUUGUACUUGCCAAGAAGAUUGACCAUACCUGUUGCUAAUGAGGAGAGAUGGUCAAAGCCCUAUGCAGUUCUAUCUGUGACAUUGGCACCAAUUCUAUUGGCAGAACUAUGUGACACACAAAGGGAAAAAAAAUUGGUUUCCAGAAGCAGCCUUGUGAUCUUCAUGACUGCUGGUUUCACAGGUCUGCUGCUUGGGAGUCUAGCAUUUGUCACCACUAAGAAAUCUAGUCCACCAAACAAGUGCCUCUUCCUUUGGCUGGUUGCUGGGUUUGUGAUGAGCAUAGCAUGGACUUAUAUUAUAGCUGAGGAGCUGGUCUCUCUGUUGGUUUCUUUAGGAUAUAUAUUUGGGAUUAACCCUUCAGUUCUUGGACUCACUGUCCUGGCCUGGGGCAACUCACUUGGAGAUUUGAUAGCCAAUGUGGCUAUGGCAGUAAAUGGUGGGGCAGAUGGUGCUCAAGUUGCUAUUUCAGGCUGCUAUGCUGGUCCAAUGUUUAAUACAUUGAUGGGAUUGGGCUUGUCAUUUGUUAUUUCAUCAUGGUCCAAAUACCCAUCUUAUUUUGUGAUCCCUAAGGAUCCAACUCUCUAUGAGACUUUAGGUUUUUUGAUGGCAGGCUUGCUCUGGGCCCUUGUGAUUUUGCCCAGAAAAAACAUGAGGCUAGAUAAAUCUCUUGGUGUUGGCCUCUUAGCUAUUUAUUUCUGCUUUCUGUCACUAAGGCUGGCCAGGGCUCUUGGUGUUUUGAAACUUCAUGGGAUUUCUUUAUUCAAUAUCUAGGACAUGGGUUCUUUUGGAAACACAUUCAGCCUUGUAUUUUAUUUAUGAUACAUGGUAUUGUAAGAGUCUAAUGAUAUCAAGUUGUCCAUUUUCUACCAGAAUUUUAAUUUUUAAAUUAAUUUUGCAUGAUGAAUAAAUAAUAACUGAUGUUCUGAAAUCUAGAAAAUAAGGUUUACAGUGGUUGUUAAAGUUUGGUUAGAGAA